GCUUACUGCAUGAGAAGUUCCUUAAUAGGUCAUUAGAUAUUCAUGAUCCUCCCCAUGUCUUCUGAAUCACAUCGUGUUCUCAGACUGUUCUCAGUCGAAGUCGGGUAAUGGCCCCGGAGGCCAGUAAGUUCAGGAAGGCGUUUGAUGACCCUGAAUUUGUGAAGUUGUUCGGAGAGUAUGCCAAGGAAAUAAGUGAUCCAGGGUACAGGGAGGAAACUGAAAAAUACCUGAAGCAGCUGGAGAACGAGGGUCGUGUGCGUGAGGUGUAUGGUGAAGGAGUGGAGCUGAUUGUGCCACAAGCUGGGUUUUCUAUCAAGACCCGGAACAAAGAGACUGGCCAAAAAGUAUUUAUCAACGUCUGUGAGUCAGAAAAGGUGGAGAAGGCGAAAGCUGAACCACGACAAGAUGGAAGUGGAACUGAGUGGUCCAUCCCUUACAGUCUUGGCCACCCAACGACAGAAAAGGAUAAAGGCGGAAAGGAGUGCGAGGUGCAUGAUUUCGUGGUUAACCCGGAGACAUUGCGCCUUGUUUCGAGGUCUGCAAAAUACAAAACUUUCGUCAUUGACACAGCUAUCGAGUCAGUGGAGAAGCAGCGCGGGAAGAAAUUGGAUAGAAGUUUUACACUCCCCCGGCUGAAGUACAAGGGCUCAAAGGGAGGGCCUACAGUUCAGGCAGUUACCCACAAAGACAGCAAAGAUGGCGCUGGCGUACAUCUCAUUCGCGCGGGCAUGGUAGAUGUCUCGCUGAAGGCAAUACUGAUUGCACUCAUCGCCAUUGCGCUGCUCGUCGUGGCCCUCGUCAAGCUGUGCUGCUUGCUGCAGUACUAGCAGCAUGCUCGAGAAUGCAUGAUGUGGAGACUUGACAGUCAUAGACACAUCGCAAAGAGGAUGGAAACAGGUAUGGGCAUGGCAAAC